GGUUGCAAAGGGGAGAGGAGGUACAACCUUGAUCAAGACUUAGGUUUUUGGUGUUUAUAACCCUGUAUUUCAUGAAAUUACAAUGUAUUUAUGACUGGCCAGGCUUUGGGAAAGAAGACCAUGAACAUCUUCAUGCAAAAUCAUGGAUUUUCUGUCUGACAAAUGGAGGGGAAAAAAAAUCAGUAACAAAUUUUCUAAUCAGCUGUUGACACUGCAGAGGCAUCAUGGACAUUACUCACCGCACAAGAAAACACGGAAAUGCUCAAAAGGGAGAUGCCACAGACACACCUUUGCCUGAAAAUAUCAGGCUGGUGAAGCAGAAGCCCUCCAAGGAGCUGAGGCCCAUGCUUGGGGCAAUCUUGCUGGGCCUCCUCCUGUUCAUUGCAGCAGUGGUGGCCUGGUGCUACUACACGGUGUCCCUGCGGAAGGCUGAGCGUCUCAAAACAGAGCUGAUGGACCUGAGGGCUGAUGGCUUUGUCAUCAGGAACCAGCAUGGGGAGGUGGUCUUCCGGCUGGCCUUCCGCUCGGGCAGCCUCAACCUGGAGUCCUGCUCCAAGGAGGGUGAGAUUUUGAGCUGCACGCGGUCCAGCAGGGGCCCACUCAACUUCUUCAUCCAGACAGUGAAGCCCAAGGACACGGUGAUGUGCUACCGUGUGCGCUGGGAGGAGCUGGCGGACGGCCCGGCGGUGGAGCACACCAUGUUCUGGGAGGACGCCCACUGGUAUGGGGGCUCGGAGAUGAGCACCCAGCACUGGCCCAUCCGCCUGGCCGGCUACCAGGAGCCCAUGCCCUACGUCACCAGCGAUGUCUACUCCUUCCGCGACAGCUUUGGUGGCAUCCUUGAGCGCUACUGGCUCUCCUCCAAGGCGGCAGCCAUCAAGAUCAAUGACUCUGUGCCCUUCCACCUGGGCUUCAACGCCACGGAGCGCGCCCUCUUCUUCCAGGCCCGCUACAAGGACUCGCCGUACAAGCCCCCGCCAGGGCAGCCGCCGUUCCCCGAGCUCAGCUACCGCGUCUGCGUGGGCUCUGACGUCACCUCCAUCCACAAGUACAUGGUGCGCAGGUACUUCAACAAGCCCUCCAAGAUCCCUGCCGAGAACGCCUUCCGAUACCCCAUUUGGUCCACCUGGGCUCUCUACAAGAACGAUAUCGACCAGGAUAAACUCCUGAGGUUUGCUGAAAAGAUCAGAAAGUAUCGCUUCAACUGCAGCCACAUUGAAAUCGACGACAUGUACACGCAGGCCUACGGAGACUUUGACUUUGACCCCGUCAAGUUCCCCAACGUGACCGAGAUGUUUGCAAAACUGAGGGAAGAUGGAUUUAAGGUCACCCUCUGGACUCACCCUUUCAUAAACUACAACUCCUCCAAUUUUGGGGUGGGAAUCGAGCGGCAGCUCUUCAUUAAGGAGCCGUCGGGACGGCUGCCGGCCAUGGUGGAGUGGUGGAACGGCAUCGGGGCCAUCCUGGACUUCACCAACCCAGCAGCCCGCGACUGGUUCCAGAGCCACCUGCGCCAGCUCCGACACAAAUACGGAAUCUCGUCCUUCAAGUUUGAUGCGGGCGAGACCAGCUACCUGCCCAAGCAGUUCAGCACCUUCCGCCCACUCUCGGACCCCAGCAUCUGGUCACGGCGCUACACGGAGAUGGCCAUCCCCUUCUACGAGCUGGCCGAGGUGCGGGUGGGCUACCAGUCACAGAAUAUCUCCUGCUUCUUCCGCAUCAUCGACCGUGACUCUGUCUGGGGCUACGAGCUGGGCCUCAAGUCCCUCAUCCCCACAGUACUCACCAUCAGCAUGCUGGGGUACCCAUUCAUACUGCCAGAUAUGAUUGGAGGAAACUUCCUCCCCAACAAGACAGACGGAGCAGUGGAGAUCCCUGACCGGGAGCUGUACGUGCGGUGGCUGGAGCUGUCGGCCUUCAUGCCCUCCAUGCAGUUCUCGAUUCCGCCCUGGCUCUAUGACAAAGAGGUGGUGGAGAUUGCGCAGAAGUUCACGGAGCUCCACGAGUCACUGGUGGCCCCGCUGCUGCUGGAGCUGGCUGGAGAGGUCACCGACACCGGCGAUCCCAUCAUCCGCCCCAUCUGGUGGAUAUCACCCCGUGACGAGGCUGCUCACAGGAUUGACUCCCAGUUCCUCAUCGGGGACACCCUUAUGGUGGCACCUGUCCUGGAGAUGGGCAAGCAGGAGCGUGACGUCUACCUGCCAGCAGGCAAGUGGCGCAGCUACAAGGGGGAGUUGUUCGAGAAGACCCCGGUGCUGCUCACAGACUAUCCUGUCGACCUGGACGAAGUUGCCUAUUUCCUCUGGGUUUCCUAAGGGGCUCCUCCAUCAGCUUUGGAAUAACCAUGCCUUACCUAGGACUUUUUAACAAAUAAUAAUUCUAAUUGCACAUUGCAUUUCAAACUGGGGAUAAUGAAGGGAGUUAAAUAGAUUUCACUCUCUUUGGGGGUGAGCUUUUUAUUUGAA